GAAGCCCCUUGUAAAAUGAAAAGCACCGUGCCCUGCUCUGACUCCUGCCUGCCGGAGGGGUUCAGUGCCAAAGCGAAAGGCUUCCUAAAAAUGGGCUGAUCUGGGGGGGGAGGGGGGGGGGGGGGCGAUUUAGGAGCUAUUGAGAAACAAGGAAGGACAAACAGUGUUAGGUCAUCGCUUCUGCAAACACAGCCAGGGCUGUUCCUCUAUAAAAAGGGAAGAAAGCGGUUCCAGAGCCAUCACAGACUUGGAGGGGACAGUCUGUGACCAAGGCUGCUGCACCCCCCUCCUCAGCACCUCACUCCCCGCUCAAGUAUGAAACUCAUUCUCGCUACUGUGCUGUCCUUUGGGAUAGUGGCUCUGUGUUUUGCUGCUUCCUCCAAGCCAAGCAUCAGAUGGUGCACAAUAUCCUCAGCAGAAGAGAACAAAUGCAAUAGUCUAAGGGACCUCAUGCAACAGGAGAGUGUUGCAUUGAAUUGCCUACAGAAAGCAACGUACCUCGACUGCAUAAAAGCCAUUUCGAAUAAUGAAGCAGAUGCCAUUAGCUUGGACGGUGGUCAAGUUUUUGAGGCAGGCCUUGCCCCCUACAAGCUGAAGCCCAUUGUUGCUGAGGUCUACGAACAAAGUGGAGGCUCCACAACCAACUACUAUGCUGUGGCCGUCGUAAAGAAAGGAACGGGCUUCACAAUAAAUGACUUGCAGGGCAAGACCUCCUGCCACACGGGCCUGGGCAGGUCCGCUGGCUGGAACAUCCCAAUUGGGACACUCCUCCACCGGGGAGACAUCAAGUGGGACGGCAGAGACUCAGGCUCCAUCGAGCAAGCGGUGGCCAAUUUUUUCUCUGCCAGCUGCGUGCCUGGUGCCACCACUGAACAAAAACUCUGCCGUCAGUGCAAGGGCGACUCCAAAACCAAAUGCUCCCGCACAGCACCUUAUUCUGGAUAUUCCGGAGCUUUUCACUGUUUGAAAGAUGGAAAAGGAGACGUGGCUUUUGUGAAACACACAACCGUUCAAGAAAAUGCCCCGGAGGAGAAGGAUGAGUACGAGCUGCUGUGUCUGGAUGGCAGCCGUCAGCCCGUGGACAACUACAAAGCCUGUCACUGGGCCAGGGUGCCUGCUCACGCCGUUGUGGCUCGAGAUGAUAGCAAGGUUGAUGACAUCUGGAGCUUUCUCUCAAAAGCACAGGAGAAAUUUGGCGUGGGCACAAGCAACACUUUCCAUCUCUUUGGGCCACCUGGCAAGAAGGACCCAGGCCUCAAAGACCUGCUUUUCAAAGACUCUGCUAUACAGCUGAAGCGUAUCCCAGCUCUGAUGGAUUCCCAGCUCUACCUUGGCUUUGAGUACUACAGUGCCAUCCAGAGCCUUCAGGAAGAUCAGUUGAACCCCAACCGCAGAGAAAACAAGACACGGUGGUGUGCAGUCGGCAAGGAUGAGAAGGACAAGUGUGACCUCUGGAGUGUGAUGAGCAACGGGGAGGUGGAGUGCACCGUGGCAGACAACACCAAGCAGUGCAUUGUUAAGAUCAUGAAAGGUGAAGCAGAUGCGAUCAGCUUGGACGGAGGUUUCGUCUACACUGCUGGCGUGUGUGGCUUGGUGCCCGUGAUGGGAGAAAGCUACGAGGGUGACAGUCAGUGCAGCAAAGCAGGAGGAGAACCAGCAUCCUACUUUGCCGUGGCUGUUGUGAAGAAAUCUAACAGCGAUAUCACAUGGAACAAUCUGCAGGGCAAGAAGUCGUGCCACACCGCUGUCGGGAGAACUGCUGGCUGGAACAUCCCCAUGGGCUUGAUCCACAACAAGACGGGGAGCUGCAAUUUCGAUGAAUACUUCAGCGAGAGCUGCGCUCCCGGGUCUCCUCCUAACUCCCGCCUCUGCCAACUCUGCAAGGGCUCGGGGAGGGUCCCACCAGAGAAGUGUGUCGCCAGCAGCCACGAGAAAUACUAUGGAUAUACUGGAGCUUUCCGGUGUCUGGUCGAGCGGGGGGAUGUGGCCUUUAUUAAGCAUUCAAUCGUCGAGGAAAACACUGACGGCAAAAAUAAAGAAGACUGGGCCAAAGAUCUGAAAAUGGACCAAUUUGAGUUGCUGUGCACUGACGGGCGACGGGAAAACAUCAUGGCUUACAGGAACUGCCACCUGGCCAAAGUUCCCACCCAUGCUGUGGUCACGCGUCCCGAGAAAGCAAAAAAAGUCCGUGAGCUGCUGGAGAGACAAGAGAAACUGUUUGGAACAAAAGGAAUCGAGAAAGACAGUUUCAAGCUGUUUGAGUCAAAAACCAAGGACCUUCUGUUUAAAGAUUUGACCAAGUGUCUGGUCAAACUCCACGACGGAAUAACAUACAAGGAAUUCCUGGGAGAUCAAUACUAUGCUUCAGUUGCUAGCCUCAAUACCUGCAACCCAUCAGAUCUCCUCCAGGUGUGCACCUUCCUUGAGGACAAGUAGCGAGAUGGGAAGAACCCUUGCUGGAAGGGGGGGAAACUUCAAGCCAUGACUCCUCUUGUGCCCUCAGCACCGAACACCCACCCGCAGAGGGCUCUCUGCCUCCUUCACUGCUUUCUCUGCCCUUCCUCAUCACUCUGAAAGUGGCUGCUUGAGACUUUACCGUUCUCUGCUGCCAUCACGGCAAGAAAUAAAAUCUUGUAUCUAAA